CAAUAUAUUAUGUAGCUUUUUUAAUUUGUUGUGUGAAAUAGAGUAACAUGUACACGUGUCAGUGUGUGGUGGAUGUGUUUAAUUUCUUGUCAAAACAUGCCAGUAAAAUCACUCAAUCAUGACAGUAUUACAUUACUUUCAGGAAUCCCCUACCUCAACUAGUGGAGCGGGAGAUUUAAACAACCUGCAUGACAGAAUUUGUUCAUUCCACCUUUGAGGGGCACUGGAGGAGGAAAUCUGAAAUCUUUUAGAGCAGGACAUUUAUACACUGUUAUACCUAAGCAUACGUGUUCCAGCAACCAAAGCUAUAGAGUUCUCUUUAUGUGUCUUCUGUACAAGUACAUUUUGGAUUUACAAUCAUCAUGGAGAACAACACUACUCCCUUCAGCUGUGAUGUUUGCAACGCAGAAUUUACUUUAAAAAGAAAUUUGAUGCGUCAUCAUCGCAUGUUCCAUCAUGGGCAAAUGACUUUACAUGUUUGCGAUACAUGUGGAAAAGCUUUAAGUCGACCGGAUAAUUUGAAACGUCAUAUGAAAACUCAUCAGGGUUUUAGCAGUGGUGCUGAACCUGAUCAGGAUAACAAGCGACCAACCUGCUCACAAUGCAACGCACUGUUCCUAGAGCAAAAAGACCUUGAUGAACACAUGAAAUCGCAUCGCAAGGAAACCUAUCAUUGUCAUACUUGUGGGCAAAUAUAUCAUAAUCGUGCGAAAUUAAUGAAACAUAAAAAGUCACACCAUAAUCCCGUUCCUCCAAAGUUACCAAAGAAGCGAGUUGCCGAUGGACCAGUGUCAAACCAAGCAAAAAGACGCCAACAACAACCCAACCUAGCACCAACCACCGUAAACCUCCCUUCUGACAUCGAUCCUGAGAGUUGUGCCGCCGAAGUAUACAGGGAACAUUGGCUGAAUAUCAGAGACAGACGGUCAUUUGGAAGGGUUCAUCGGUUUUACAACUACCAUCUUCCAGAUCUAAGCAAUGAUAUCCUUAGAGAGAUAGCUCAGAAGGUGUUUGAGGAACAAUCUACUGCAUUCAAAAUUAAUGCAUCGUAUGGAUUUAUUCUUUGCAACAAUGAAACGAAUGAAUGUAGGUAUUAUUGCACUAGUAAUAACACAAAGAUUCUGAAUGAACCUGUUCUUAUUUCUGACCAUUUGUCAUUCCAAAGGUUUAUGGAUACAUUCCUCAAGGAAGAUACCCUUGAAUAUGCUCGAACCCUGCGCCCAAAUUCUAAAUGGGUCGUUCAGUACGUCACAAAUGUCACUUCUAUGUAUUUCUAAUCGCUGAUCAUCCCAUUGGCCGCGGAAUUGACCUCUCAGAUUAUAUACAAAAUAAUCAAGCUAUCGUAUCUCUGGUUAUUAGUCAUUAUCAGAUGUAUAUAUAUAUAUGUUUCAUCUUUAUUAAUCAAAAGAAGUUAUACAUUCAACCAGGUUCAUGGCAUAGGACUAUAACCGUAUAAUCGUUAUGCCAUUGGCAGGGUGUAUACAUAGACAAUACAUACAUGACAUACAUACAAUGAUAAAGAUGCAUACAUGAAAUAUAAAAUGAAACUUUUAAAGAUCUAAUUUGAAUAAGAGAGUAUGCAUUAAUUCUAUAACAAUAACGGUAUAUAAUGAUAUUUCAACAUACUAAGAAUUAUGUAUGAGUUCUUCGUUAUAAACGAUGAUAAUACUUAAUUUAAUACAUUCAUAUUUUGUAAUAAGUUAUAUAGAGUGGUGUAUAGGCCUAGUAUGUACACGUAUAAUAUUUAGACAUAAGUAUACCGGAAAUAUGACGUAUUUUAAAUUAAACAAGAAAAUUAAUGGUAUAUUUCAUUGUUGCACAUUCAGAUAAUUUGUGCAUUUUUAGAUGCUUAGCUCUAUUUCAAGGUGCUAAUUCUCAUGGUCUUGAAACUACAGCUAAAGAUUAUUUAAACAGCAUGUGCU